UGACGUGCCCGACGUCACAUCACUGUGGGGCCGGACACUGACGUUACGGUGUCGACGUCAGAUGUUCAGAAAGCGAAAAUUAAUGAGUCAGAAACGGAGGAAGUGGCAGUCGAAGAGCAACAUUGCGAAGUUUUCAGGAAGAUGGAUCCAAAGGACGACAAGCGAAAGGCAUUAUGCAGCAGCCCUGUUAGUGUGAACAACCCACACCUGGAUGCACUGAAAGAUGACAUCCUCUACCACUUCAGUUUAGGAACCGGGACUCACAACCUUCCAGCUAUGUUUGGUGAUGUCAAAUUUGUGUGUGUCGGGGGCAGUCCCUGGAGAAUGAAAUCAUUCAUUGAGUACAUUGCUGCUGAGCUCAGUAUGGAAGACCCCAAAUCAGAGUACCCAAAUAUCUGCGCUGGAACAGACCGCUAUGCUAUGUACAAAAUCGGCCCGGUGCUCUCUGUCAGUCAUGGAAUGGGCAUCCCAUCUAUAGCCAUAAUGUUGCAUGAGCUAAUAAAGCUCCUCCAUCAUGCACAUUGCACAGACGUUACAAUUAUACGCAUUGGGACAUCGGGUGGAAUAGGGCUUGAGCCUGGCACUGUUGUUGUCACCAAGCAGUCUGUGGAUGCCACUUUCCUGCCCAAGUUUGAGCAGGUGAUCCUGGGGAAGACGGUGGUGCGCAAUACUGAUCUGGACCAAAGCCUGGCUGAGGAGCUGUUGCAGUGCAGCAAGGAGCUGAACCAGUUUGAGACAGUGAUAGGCAACACCAUGUGUACUUUGGAUUUCUACGAAGGACAAGCCCGUCUGGAUGGUGCUUUCUGCUCCUACACCGAGAAGGAUAAACAGGACUACCUCAAUAAAGCCAAUGAAGCAGGAGUCUGCAAUAUUGAAAUGGAGUCAUCCGUUUUUGCUGCCAUGUGCAAGCUGAGUGGUCUACGAGCGGCGGUGGUUUGUGUGACGUUACUGGAUCGGCUGAAGGGGGAUCAGCUGAGCAGCUCUCAUGCAGUUCUUCACGAUUACCAACAACGACCUCAGAUACUGGUUGGCUCCUACAUUAAGAAGCAGCUGAAGGCCAAAGCAGCGCGCAGAUAAGUGGAACAGUAAUUACACUCGUAUGCCAGCACUUAUGUUGAAACACUGAAAACAGAAUGCAAUGCAAUAACACAACUUUACAUUUUUUAUAAACAUUCUUUCCUGCUCACCAGUAACCAUAUGUCCAGAAAAAUGAUGCACUUCCUUCCAUUCAUCCGUGACACUUGUUUAGUUUAUUGAUAUCACCGUCAUAAUAAACCGGCUUGCACUAUUUCACUUUUGCUUCCUCAUGUAUUUUAAGAGUUAAAUGUUUUGUUGCAGCCUGUGGCCAUCAAAUAUGUCUUAUUUAAGGCUGCCUCUGUUAUAUACAACAUGUAACGUUCCUUAUCCACAAAACUUGAACUACUUCUUGACUUGUGGCAGGUUUAUGCUUCCAAAGGUGCUGUAACAAACUCACUCAUUCACACUGCAAGCCUUAGCACUCAAUUCAGGUUUAUUGCUCAGAUCUUUUUGCUUGGCUGUUCACAUUAUUUAAUAAUAUAAUAUUUAAAUGUGGUCCAUAUCAGAUUCCAGUGUGAACACGUGACGGUCCUGAACUGACCUAUAAGACAUCAUAUGAUGUCACACGCUUACCAAAAAAAA